GUUAACUGUUUUGAUGGUGUAAAUAAUACAGUUUUCCAUCUCCAAAACGCCCUUUCUUCGGAAUUCUUAUUGUUCUGAACCAAUAACCACAACGCGUCUCAGACCAUCAUGCCGUCCGACUGUGACUCUCUGAUUGACGACAUUGAGGACAUGGUGUCCUCUAGUGACCCCACGCCGCACGAGAGACAGUCAGCUAGAAAGAGCAUCAUGCCAAGGUCCAGGAAGAAAAAAGAGCUUCUGAGCAACGAGGAGCUCCAAACUGACAGUUUGAUCCCUGGCACCCAAACAAUCUGGAUGAAAACGUGGGGCUGCAGUCACAACAACUCUGAUGGAGAGUACAUGGCCGGGCAGCUAGCUGCCAGCGGAUACAAGAUGACUGAUAACCCAUCAGACGCUGACCUCUGGGUGCUCAACAGCUGCACUGUGAAAAACCCCGCAGAAGACCACUUCAGAAACUCAAUCAAAAAAGCCCAGGAACAGCAGAAAAAAGUGGUACUAGCAGGUUGUGUACCCCAGGCUCAGCCACGGAUGGACUACCUCAAAGGACUCAGCAUCAUUGGGGUGCAACAGAUUGAUCGAGUGGUGGAAGUAGUGGACGAGGCUAUUAAAGGCCACUCGGUUCGUCUUUUGGGUCAGAAGAAAGAUGGAGGCCGGAGGCUCGGGGGAGCCAGACUGGACCUGCCCAAGAUCAGGAAGAAUCCUCUCAUUGAAAUCAUCUCCAUUAACACUGGGUGUCUGAAUGCAUGUACCUACUGCAAGACGAAGCAUGCCAGAGGAGACCUCGCCAGCUAUCCCAUCGAGGAGCUAGUGGAAAGAGCCAGGCAGUCUUUCCAGGAGGGAGUGUGUGAGAUCUGGUUGACCAGUGAAGACACAGGAGCGUAUGGCAGAGACAUCGGGACAGACCUGCCCACUUUGCUGUGGAGGUUGGUGGAGGAGAUUCCUGAAGGAGCCAUGCUGAGGCUGGGUAUGACCAACCCUCCAUAUAUCCUGGAACACCUGGAGGAGAUGGCUAAGAUAUUGAAUCAUCCACGCGUCUAUGCCUUCCUUCAUGUUCCCGUCCAAUCGGCCUCGGACAGCGUCCUGAUGGACAUGAAGAGAGAGUAUUGCAUCGAUGACUUCAAAAAAGUGGUAGAUUUCCUCAAAGAGAGGGUCCCAGGUGUAACCAUCGCAACAGAUUUAAUCUGCGGUUUUCCUGGUGAGACGGAGACGGACUUCCAAGAGACGGUAGACUUGGUGAAGCUCUAUCGAUUCCCCAGUCUCUUCAUCAACCAGUUCUACCCCAGACCCGGUACACCUGCUGCUAAGAUGGAGCAAGUACCAGCACAAAUGAAGAAGCAGAGGACUAAAGAGCUGUCACAACUGUUCCACUCGUACAACCCCUACGACCACAAGGUCGGGGAGAGGCAACAUGUGUUGGUGACCGAGGAGUCAUUUGAUGCUCAAUACUUUGUGUCUCACAACAAGUUCUACGAACAGGUGCUGGUGCCUAAGAGGGCUGAAUUCAAAGGGAAGAUGAUUGAGGUGGACAUCUACGAGGCAGGAAAACACUUCCUGAAAGGCCGACCAGUAGAAGAAAGUAAGCCCUUCACUCCCUCCAUUGCCAAACCACUUCAGAAGGGAGAGGUGUCUGGCCUGAUAAAGGAACAGAUUGCCCACGGCAUCCAAGGUCCUGCUUCAUCGACGCCUUCCUCCUCUGCUCUGUGGAUCGGCUCGUACAGUCUGGACCGGGAGCUACUGAAGACGCUGGGAGUCGGGCUCACUCUGGCAGCAGCCAUCUUGGCCUUCAUCAUAGAGAAACUUUACUGACGCAAACUAGAAGAAGAUUGCGCAAGGGGAGAGGCCGGUGGCACCACAGGAGCCUCCCCCGUAUGUGUGAAGCGGUAUCUCGGUAGGUCCCUUAUAACAUAUACUGCACAUGCCUCUUAUUUAACGUUGAAUGAACCCAAAGAGAAACAACAAAAGCGAGAUUCACGAUAACGCGCCAGUAACACCUCCUCAGUCGGUUGAGAGGAGUUGAUGGGAGAAGUCAGUGUGUGUCCGUCAUCGAAGAGGGAAACAUCCCAUGUGCGAUGUCAGCUGUCUUUAUAGACCGAGCCUACACUUUCUAUUCAAGUCUAUGGGUUUUAAAUAACACCCUAGUUACACACAAUUUGAAUUGGAAUCUAUUUCAAGUACAUAUUCUUUGCCAUAUUUCUGUUCCAUUACGUGGAAAUGUGUUUCAGGAAAACUCUGAAACCUGAACUGGUCCAUGAACUGGUCCUGAACAAGUGCUUUGGAUCAUGAGUUCUGGUCUGUGGAACUGUUUUACAGGAAAAAAGUGAUGCCCAAUUCAACUAGUUGAUACUCGGGGGGGAAAAGCUAUUCUGGUGUUCUGUACCAGGACAAAGUCUGAGGAUGACGACUCUCAGGUACUGAGAAUGUAGAUUUAAAAUAUCGUCUGUUAUAGAGUUGCCCAUCCUUGUUUUGAGGGAUUGAAUUGUGCUUACUUUAUAGGUUUCUAUGUCAGGAGCAUGUUUAUAAUUUUUGGGUAACAUUUAUUUUGUAUCUUUCAUCUCAAAGGAUUUGAGUAAGAGGCACGGACAUUAUAUUUCCAGAUCUUCAUAACAAUGAAUUUGUUUUAUCACUUUUGUUCAAAUGGUUUUGUUUCAUUUUACUUUUGUUUUGCCGUCUCACAGAUCGAAGUCAAAUGGAAUUAUUUUAUGUCUUAUCUUAUUAGUUACAAUGUAACAGUUGUCCACGAUUAUAAAUCCAUCAUUCUGUCCUCACCCGAUGGGAUCUCUUUUAUUUGCAUGUGCUGACCAGCACUGGUACCACCUUUAGGGUUGUGUCAUACUCUCCUUACCGAGCCUGUGGUGGUGUCCAGCUGACGUUGGAGGAAAAGGGGGCGGGGCCAACCUGAUCUAAAUCUCUUUGCCUUGCUCAACAUCACUCGAGGUGACGGUGGACCUUUUCUCUCUUUCCUGUAAUUCCGGUGAACUGACCCUGGGAUGCAACUUCUUCAGCUACGUGAGCUUCUUGUGGCGUAAACAUUGUCAAAAUCAUUAUUGAGACAGAAGUUUUAUUUUUGUUUAAACUGUUAAAUAAAGAAAAAACUCAAAUUUG